AUGGUUUUCCUGAGGUAGUUUAAUGGGUCGAUUCCCCACUAUGACACCUUCCAUGGACUAGUACGGAUAUGGGGCUCAGGGCCCGUCCCCGAAAUAGUGUCCAUGGAGGCAGAACUUGCUGGCAUCCUAUGAAUGGUCACUGUCUUCUGAGUUUCUUUUUGACCGGCCCGACACCUCCCUUUUUUGCUUCUCGUCGAAUCGAUAGCUGAACGAUUGGUACGACGUGAAGAUCUCUCAUCAACUCCACGAUCGUCUUGUUACCAAAAAAACAACACACACAUCACCUGGACUCGAUCAAACAUGGCACCCAAACACCCGCUCGUCGGCCAACCCGCACCCGCUCUCGAACUCCCUUGCAUACCCGAGGGCGAUCUCUACCGGUUACCCAUCGGCGAAAAGCCUAUAGCUCUCUUCUUCUUCCCGCAAGCCAACACGACGGGAUGUACGAAGGAAGCUUGUGCGUUCCGGGAUGCCCAGACGAGCAAUAUAACGUUCAAGCGGCACCCCGAUCUGGACGUCGUGGGGAUCUCUAGUGACUCCACGGCCAAACAACAAUCGUUCGCCGACCAAUACAAGCUCCCUUACCGGAUCAUCUCGGAUGCGGAGGAGAGCGCUAGGAAGGCGUAUAAGGUGGACAAGGCGUUCAUGGGUCUCGUACCGGGCCGAGCUACGUUCUUCAUCGACGCUAAAGGGAUCAUCAGGGGUGUUUGUACGAAGAACAUCGAUUUCAGUGCGCAUACCAAGUUCGUCGAGGAGAUGUUGAUCUUGGUCGAAAAGGAGGACAAGUAGGAUGUAGGAUGUGGGUUGUGGACGAGGUUGUCCCAAGUCGGCGGCGGCGCUUAGGUGGAUCGUUGGACUAGGAUGAGAGCUUGACUUAUAAAUAUAAUUCACGAACGAUUU